AUGUCGAAGCGCACAACCAAGGUUGGUAUCACGGGCAAGUACGGCACAAGGUACGGUGCGUCACUUCGUAAGCAGGUCAAGCGUAUCGAGAUCACCCAACAUUCUCGAUACAGCUGUCCCUUCUGUGGUCGCACGUCCGUUCGCCGCGCUUGCACCGGUAUCUGGAAGUGCAAGGGCUGCUCCAAGAGCCUGGCUGGUGGAGCAUACGUUCUCUCCACUCCCGCUGCCACUGCCCUGCGAUCCACCCUGCGACGACUCCGCGAGUAA